CGGGCUCGGCGGCAGGGCGCGAUGGCGACAUGGCGGCGUGACGGCCGGCUAACUGGCAGCCAGAGGCUGCUGUGCGCCGGGCUGGCUGGGGCGCUGAGCUUGAGCCUCACCGCGCCUCUGGAGCUCGCCACCGUGCUGGCCCAGGUCGGCGUGGUGCGGGGUCGCGGCCGGGGGCUGUGGGCCGUGGGGCUCGGCGUGUGGCGGGCCGAGGGGCCCCGGGCCCUGUGGAAAGGGAACACGAUGGCAUGCCUGCGCCUCUUCCCCUACAGCGCCGUGCAGCUCACCGCCUACCGCAAGUUUGUCAUACUCUUCAUGGAUGACCUAGGCCAUAUUUCCCAGUGGAGUGCCAUCAUGGCUGGAAGUCUUGCAGGCAUGGUUUCCACUAUUGUGACGUAUCCUACUGACCUCAUCAAAACACGUUUGAUUGUGCAGAAUAUGCUGGAACCAUCUUAUAGGGGGAUCCUCCAUGCUUUUUCUACUGUUUAUCAACAGGAAGGAUUCCUGGCCCUUUACCGAGGGAUUUCCCUUACAAUUUUAGGUGCUCUCCCUUUCUCUGCUGGCUCUCUUCUAGUUUACAUGAACCUGGAGAAAAUCUGGAAUGGACCCCGAGAUCGCUUCUCUCUCCUCCAGAACUUUACCAAUGUCUGUCUGGCUGCUGCAGUGACCCAGACCCUCUCCUUUCCCUUUGACACAAUGAAGAGGAAGAUGCAGGCUCAGAGCCCCUUCCUUCCCCACUGUGGAGGAGUAGAUGUCCAUUUCUCAGGAGCCAUGGACUGCUUCCGGCAGAUAGUGAAGUCCCAAGGGGUACUAGGGCUCUGGAAUGGAUUGGCAGCCAACUUACUGAAGAUAGUUCCAUAUUUUGGAGUUAUGUUUGGAACCUUUGAGUUCUGCAAGAGAAUCUGUCUAUACCAAAAUGGUUACACUGUGUCUCCUCUAAGCUAUAAAUUGACCCCAGGGGUGGAUCAGAGUUUGAAGCCCCAGGAAUUGCGAGAAUUAAAGAAGUUCUUCAAAACUGGAAAACUAAAUUCUAGAAAACCAACUCUUUAAAACUGAAUGGAACCAGAAGUGCACUGACUGAAGACGUGUUGCAAUCACAGAUAAAUGUAGCUUUUUAAUUGCACAAGUGUGGAGUGAGGAGAGGGUACUCCUGUCUGCUGCUCUUGGAUAUGAGAAGAUUCAGCCUUAUGCCACCUCUGAGCUCCUAAUUGAUGUCCCUGGGAACACCUGCACCACAGGAAAGUCUCCCAACAUGAACAUCACCUGAUGGCCUUCCACCAGAUUUUAUAACAAAGGCUAGCAGUGAUAAUAUAGGCUAUUUACACAAUACCAAAGAAAGGGUGUUGCCAUGACACCUCAAAGCAACAUGUAGUUGAAGUGGCUGAGCAGAGCUCAGUUACAGGGUCACAGCUUGCAUUAACCCACAUUGGCCUAGUUUUGCUCAAUUUGACCUAAGACUUCCUAAUAUAAUCACUCUGGAACUCAGAGUCUUUGAUUACUUAUGAGUGCACAUACAACAGUGUAAAUUAUGCCUUCUCAGAAGCUAAAUGAAAAUGCUUAACAUUUAAAAGUUAUGACUAUCGUAGUAAAACCAUCCUUUAUUUAAAUUUGAAGCAUCCCAGGUCUUAAAUCUUGUAUUUAAAAAAAGCAGUUUUUAUCAUGUGUGCUUAAUUAUGUCCCAAAAGACCUUCUUCCAAUUGUAGUCAUGUACAGUUUAAGUGGCCUGAAUUCUCUAUCUUUUUAACUUACUUUGCAAGCCUACCCUGAGAUAAAUUAUUUAGUCAACUUAAGUUAUUCUCACAAGAUGUCCCAGUUGCCUAGAAAGGAUCAAAUAGAGCAUUUGACACACAUACCAAAAAAACAUAAAUAACAGAACAAACACUUUAGGCUAAUCAUCACUACUAGAUUUUUUUUAAGUCAAAUUUUAGAUUGUUUCACCUUGGGGAGUCUAUGUCAAGUUUAUAUAACUACUUUUGAAUAGUGCCUAUC